CUUGGAGUGAUGCCAGACCUAUUCCAGUUUUUCCGUGGCAUUCUUUAGUUCCCUUUCUUACAACGAAUUCCUCAUCAAAUUCCACCCCAGAUGUUCCAGUUGCAUCAGAGACUUCUACAAAAGAUACAGCUCCUCCAGAACCAGAAGAAGGUGAUGAUGAUGUGUUUGUUACCAGUGACAAUCUUCCUUUAGAUGUUCAAGAAUUAGCGGACAAGCGUCGAACUCAGUCCUUGAGUGCAUUACCAAAAGAUGAAUUAAAAAGCCCCAAAAAGCCUGCAAGUCGGGAAAAAGAUCACAUCAGACGUCCCAUGAAUGCUUUUAUGAUAUUUAGCAAGAGACAUCGGUCCCUUGUUCACCAGAGACACCCAAAUCAAGAUAAUAGAACCGUAAGCAAAAUUUUAGGUGAAUGGUGGUAUGCACUUGAACCAGAGAGGAAGCAGAAGUAUCAUGAUUUAGCUUAUGAGGUAAAAGAGGCUCAUUUUAAAGCAUAUCCCAAUUGGAAAUGGUGUAGCCGGGAUAGAAAAAAAUCCAGUACCAGCUCUGCACCUCGAGACAAUCAGAAGCCGUCUGGGACUGAUGAAUCUAUGAUCCCAUCUCUGCCAUUAGCUGAUAAAGUUUCCGAUGAUUUGUUACUAAACUUUAAUGUUUCUGCUGCUGCAAAAAAAGACAAUGAGACUACUAUAAAAUCAUCUAAAAAUUCUAUUUUUGAAAAACGGCCACGAUCAAGAUCUCUUUCUCAGUUGCCUGAUCCCUGGCAUACGAGCUUGCUAACAAAUUCCUCUGAAGAAAAUUCUGAUAAAGUUAUAAAUGGUGCUAAAAGUGUAAAAAUCAAUGGAAUGUCUCACAGUGAUGCUGAAAAUGUUAAUUCUUUGAAUUCUAAUGAGAAACCAAAGAAAAAGCGUUCUAAUUCAUCAAAAAACACUUCUAAUGACAAAGCACAAGAUUCAGAUACAAGUGAUGAUGAACGGAUGGUGAUUUGCGAGGAUGAUACUAAUUCAGCAAAUGAAAAGUCAUUAUCAAUUGAAGAUCCUCCCAUUGAUUUAAAAUGCAAGGAAAAAGUUACAGAAAGUGACACCGAAAGUCAAUCAGAUGACGAAUCUCUUAUAGAAAACAAAGCAUUUCCCCAGCAGAGGUUCUCUCCUGUUAUGAAACUUGGACCUUCAGCUGAAGUUACCCACCGUCCUAAACCAAUAAAAGCACAUCCUUGCUCUAAUUCUCAAGUUCCAUUUCCCAUUGGAACAAAUAACAGUAGCAAUAACCAUGCCUCAAGCAGUUCGGGAAGUGUACCGUUUUUAAGGCCAUUACCUACAGGAUCUAAUUUCCAACCCACCGGUGCUGUAUUUAAAGAUGUACAUUCUCCCAAAGUUCAUAGUUCAGAUGCAUUUACCAUAUUUCCUGUUGAAAGCCAGAAGCCUUCAAUAAUUGUAACGUCAGAGCAAGGAGUGAAUGACAGAAUAUCAGCAUCUCCAGAUAUGCCUGUUUUGGUGUCAAAAACAUCAUCACAGGAGGAAGGUGGCCUACAAUCUCAAUCUAUACUCAAUCAGAAGUCAAGUACAUUUGAUCAGUUAUUGGUUUCAACAGCAUCAAGAGAUUCUCCAAAACCACGCAUUCAAAAAACAGUGCAAAAGUUGUCUAGAGGAAGUACUUUACCUCCACCACUUUCAAUACCUUCUAUUAAUUUCAGUCAUUCACCAUCACCAGUUACAUCUGCUGUCCAUACAAAUUACUCAAAAAACGUGUCAUUGCAAACUCCAACUGUGAAUAGGCAGCUGCAAACUUUGCAAGUUCCCACUUCUUCUGUUCCUGUUCAGAAUGAUAAAUCCAAGUUGCAAAUAUCACCGAUAUCUGCUUCAUUAAUUCAAACAUCUCAAGGAUUUCUUGUGUCUAACGGGGCCUUAGGUGCAACUCACUACAGUAUGGCAAUUUUGAGUCCGCCCAUUUCAAAAAACUCAGCUCCUUCUCCUCGUGCAUCUCCUGCUCUUACUUCCCCUGAAUAUUUGACUGCAACUUUAAAAAAUGUAGUUAUUCCUGCUAGUAAGCAAAAUGGUUUGCCAAGUAUGCCACAAACACCAUCUACACCAGGAUCUCAGUUAACGCCAACUACAGUUCUGGCAAACUUAGUUCUUAAAACUAGUACCCAGAUGCCUUCACAAGGUUUACUGUCGAGUCCAACAUCUCCUGGGCAGUUUCAUCUGUCUCCACAAUUGAUUUCAAGAUCAGGUGGUCAAGUGCAAUAUUUGUUUCCUUCUCUGACACUACAAUCAUCUAAUGUAAAAGGUGUGGUGCAGAUGGCUGUUCCUGCUCAAGGCAGCAUUCAACUGGGUACACCUACUAGUCAUGCGAGUGGUGUUCCAGCUGGUUUAACUGGAAGUAAUACCAAGUAUAUAGCCAACGGUCAUGGCAACACAAUAUCAUCAUCUAAGAGUCCAAACCCUUGUGUGCAAGGAGUGAUUGUAAAUAAACAGGCAUCCACCCUUCCAGUUGCUGCCUCACAGGUUUUGACUCUGACACCAACAGCCAGCCCUGUUGUAGAAAAUUCUCGGUUGACUCUGAACAGUGGGGCUCAGACUUACACUAUAACAACUCCACCUACGUCUACUCCAACACAGCGGCUUAUUUUACCAUCCACCAGGUAA